AUGCAGUCCUCCCGUCUUCGCUCCCUCUUCCGCUUCGGCGGACCAGGCAAGGUGCACUCCAUCCCUCCUUAUGCCCUCAAACGGCCGUUCUUUGAAAGACCACCGCCAUGGUGGGCCAAGCUCACCUGGGGCUUCAUAGCGGCGGACAUAUUCGUGACGUCGACGAUGACGGAACUGACGUGGUCAAAAUGGACGGUCCGUCGCGAUUCCGUCGGAACGGGACAGACCCCCGACGAUGGCGACGCCGGUGAGGAAGAAGAGUUCGUGCUGCGACCGGCAUGGCAGCGCGCUGGCGUGUGUCUGGUGCAUCUCGGAACGGGCCUUGGUCUCGCAACUCUGCUCUUCAUCGGCCGUUCACGCGUCGUCCGGCGACUGCACAUCCUUCCCGCGGGCAGCGUCUCGAAUGCGGCGCAAGGCAAACAGCUCUUCAUCCAGGGACAGCACAACAUAGGCGCGAACGGCGCCAUCGUUCCGUUUAAACACGCACAUCUGCAGCCUGGAAGAGACGACACGGAGAUCAUCCUUCGCGUCGACGGCGUUCGAGGACACUGGUGGAUCGGGCUCACCAGUGCGCGGAUCAACGGGCAGAAGCUUCACCCGAAGCAGGUGAAGGAAGAGAUGUUGGAUGCUUGGGGCAUCCGGAAGAAGAACGCGGGGCUUAGUGAGAGUGGGAGCGACGGGAGGUGGAUAGGAGGGCCGAUCUUGAAGAACUCAUAAAACAUCUAUUAUUGUGCGUAUAGUAACAAGUAGAGCAGAGCAAACAGCGUCGCGUAUCGGUAUACCAUCUUUCCAUC